CGAAUAUAUAUAUAUUUGUAACCAGACUCCAUAAGAUAUAGUAUUCAAUCUAUAGUCAAGGAGUAUGUACAACAUAGAAAUCUCGAAGUCCAAAAAGGUAUUAAAGAGACCUCACAACAAAUGGUACAGUGCGACUGGUAAAUUUUGUCCGUUUUGAGAAAAUAGAUGCUUUUCACAUUUUUUUUUGUUUUUUACAAUAACUUGGUUGCCUCUGUUUUGAAGUGGGGAUGGAUCUUACUGUACUACAUCUCUUAUCAAACCCGAUUGUUAUCAAUCUUGUUACAAAAUCUGUAUUAGAUGAGUGUAAUGAUAGAUAUACUUGCACCACUACCAUUACACGGAAUGACGGAUCCUUUCUUUUUCUUUAUUUACCUCAAACGUCAGCUGCAGUUGAAUUGCCUGCAAUUGUCUUGGAAGUUCAAAAAGAUAAUUGUAGGGUCUGCGUCAGCUGAUUUAGGAACAAGGACAACAUCAUUGCGCGUUCCAUUUGGACAUUCACAAGAUUCACGAAUGUAUUCAUCGGUUAUAUUUGAUAUAGCUUUAGUAAUGAUAUUCAAUACAAGAGGUUGUCUUUUUUUUUUUUUUUUUUUUUUUUUUUUAGAAAUGAGGUCGAUUCCUGGUCUGAAUGACUUUGAUAACAUUACAAGAUAGAGAAAUUAGAAUAGAGUUACGAGUUACGCGCAGCCACAGUUAACAAAUAGUUUUCUUGUUCUCAAAUUCAGUUAUAUGAAAUGACUGUUGUAUUAGGCUUAGCCAAAUUAGCACUUCUUGAGCUAUUGUGUAAAAGCUUUAUUCCUUUGUCUUUCACUCUUAUCGUUAAUUAGAUAGUAUGACGACAAAACGGAACUCUAACUAACUGUUUAUUUUAAUAAACAUUCACUUUUACCCAAGUGACAAUCUGAUAAAAAACCAACAAAUUGAAUUCUCUUAAAGGAUAAAAACUUGCCUUGAUAAAAUAGCGCUAGCAAUAAA